AAGUUAGAGGGCCUUCUUGAGCUAGUUGAGGUUAGUGAGGAGAGAGAGGAGAAAGAGGGAUAUCGAGCCUUGUUUGGUCUCGUGGAGUUGCAGUUUAAUGCCUAAGAAGCUCUACAGGAAUUAGAAAGUUAGAUGGCGGAGCAAUCGGAAGAAAUGCGGUCGCUGGCACUGACCCCUACGUGGUCUGUGGCCACCGUGUUGACGAUCUUUGUUGCGGUUUCUUUGCUGGUGGAAAGAUCCAUACAUCGACUAAGCAACUGGUUGAGGAAAACCCAUAGGAACCCGCUUUUUGAAGCAUUGGAGAAAAUGAAAGAAGAACUGAUGCUACUAGGCUUUAUAUCACUGCUUUUGACGGCCACCUCAAGAACAAUUUCAAGUAUUUGCAUUGACUCAAAGUUCUAUGAUGGUCAUUUUUCUCCAUGCACCAGAGCUGAGGUUGAGGAUGGCACAGAUGCUGAGACUGACACUCCUCAGGAUCGCAAGAGACUAAUGGCCUUUGUUCUUCAUCGUUCAAUUAAGAGGGCACUGUCUGAACUCAAUCAGAAGAAGUGUACAGAGGGUCAUGAACCAUUUGUUUCAUAUGAGGGUCUGGAACAGCUUCACCGGUUUAUUUUUGUUAUGGCCAUAACUCAUGUAUCCUACAGCUGCUUAACAAUGUUGCUGGCUAUCGUAAAGGUACAUACUUGGAGAAAAUGGGAAGAAGAGGCUUAUCGAGGUCAACAUGAUACAUAUUCUGAAAUCACCAGAACAUUGACAAUGAGAAGGCAGUCAACAUUUGUAAAGUUUCAUAAAUCAAGUGCUUGGAGCAGAAAUAACUGGGUUGUUUGGAUGACCUGUUUUCUCCGUCAGUUUGGAGGAUCUGUUGUACGAGCUGACUACCUUACCCUCCGCAGGGGUUUUAUCUUGAACCACCACCUUACACCAAGAUAUGAUUUUCAUAGCUAUAUGAUACGCUCCAUGGAAGAAGAGUUUAAGAGGAUUGUUGGUCUGAGUGCACCACUGUGGGGUUUCGUUGUUGCUUUCAUGUUAUGCAAUGUAAAUGGUUCUCAUCUUUAUUUCUGGAUAGCCAUCAUUCCUGUUGCUCUUGUACUUCUGGUUGGUGCCAAGUUACAACAUGUGAUUGCAACCUUGGCAUUGGAGAGUGCUGGCUUGAGUGGAUUUGGGGUUAGAUUAAAACUUCGAGAUGAUCUCUUUUGGUUUAAGAAGCCAGAAUUCUUACUGUCUUUAAUCCAUUUUAUUCUUUUCCAGAAUGCAUUUGAGUUGGCUUCAUUCUUCUGGUUUUGGUGGCAAUUUGGAUACAAUUCAUGCUUUAUCAGGAACCAUUUUCUGGUAUAUGCUCGCCUUAUCUUGGGGUUUGCUGGGCAGUUCCUCUGCAGUUAUAGUACACUGCCCCUCUAUGCAUUGGUCACACAGAUGGGUUCAAACUACAAAGCUGCUCUUAUUCCACAAAGAAUCAGGGAGACUAUCCAUGGAUGGGGGAAGGCAGCAAGGAAAAGGAGGAAGCACCGGCGCAGCAUUGAUGAUUCAACAAUUCAUACAGAGACGAGCACAGUGUGUUCUAUUGAAGAAGAUGAGGAGCUGCUUGACGAUCCCUCUGAUAACUCUUAUGUACGUAUCGAAUUGCAACCGAGAUCUACUACUAAUACUACUGUCAUUGAUAGUGAUCACUCUACAAUUGGUAAUGGACAUUCCAACUAUAGUGGUGCUGAAGCACCUCUUCUCCAGUCAGUUUCUGUACCCUCGUCUCCAACUCUCUCAGGCCUUCAAGGAAAUGGGAUUUCACGGUCGGCUUCUAUGCCAAUAUGGAGGGGUUGAGUGGCAUACAGAGAUGUAAAUGUUUAUGUAGUUUAGAUAGGAUUACUUGUAACAUGUCUGUCCAACUUAAAUGCUUAGUUCUGCAUAUAAACGAGUUCUAAAAAAAUGAUGGGGGUACAGCAAAUCCUUCAAUAGUUCUGAAUAA